CCCUCUUUCGUGGUGGCUGUGCAACAUUCAUUCCUAAAGAGAAUUUGGUAGGGUUUAUAAAACUCAUCCACACAGCCAUCAGACCUCAAUCACACGUCAAUCCAUAACAAACAUGCCUCCUAAGUUCGAUCCAAACGAGAUUAAAAUUGUCUACUUACGAGCGACCGGCGGUGAAGUUGGCGCGACAUCUGCUCUCGCCCCCAAGAUCGGUCCUCUUGGUUUGUCUCCCAAAAAAGUUGGAGAUGACAUCGCCAAGGCAACACAAGACUGGAAGGGACUGCGAAUCACAGUUCAGUUGACAAUUCAGAACAGACAGGCCAAGGUGUCAGUUGUACCAAGUGCCUCGUCACUUAUCAUCAGAGCCCUGAAGGAACCUCCUAGAGAUCGCAAGAAAGUCAAGAACAUCAAACACAGUGGCAAUCUGACCAUGGACCAGAUUAUCGAGAUUGCGAGAACCAUGAGGCCAAGGUCAAUGGCUCGUAAACUGGUGGGCACAGUGAAGGAGAUUCUUGGAACGGCCCAGUCAGUGGGCUGUACUGUGGACGGACAACCCCCACAUGAUAUCAUUGACAAAAUCAAUGACAAUGAAAUAGAGAUUGAGGAUGAAUAAACUCAAUUCCUCAAGAAAAUCAAUAAAAUUUUAAAGAACCA